AUGGCGUCGCUUUUGGGCAUUUCGCGCCCCUCAUCUUUGCUUCCGAAGCGCGCUGCGGCGGAGCCCAGUCGCAACUUGAAGCUGGCCGAAUCGACACUGGGUAGCGGUAACCUGAGUGUUGCUGUCCGCCUUCCCGAAGGAGAGCGUUUUGAAGAAUGGUUAGCUGUUCACACGGUGGACUUUUUCAAUCACCUCAAUAUCCUGUACGGAACCCUUACCGAAUUUCGCGAGUGCCCUGUUAUGUGUGCAGGUCCCCGUUUUGAGUACCACUGGCAAGACUCGAACUCGGUCAAGUAUCGCCGCUCUACGCGACUCUCUGCCCCGGACUAUAUUGACUGUCUGUUGAACUGGACUCAGGCGCAUAUCGACGAUGAAUCGCUGUUCCCCGUCGAGCCGUCGAUGCCGUUCCCUCGCAAUUUUGUAGACCGCGUCAAGGCAAUUCUUCGUCGUCUCUUCCGGAUCUAUGCACACAUGUACAAUCAUCACUUUGCACAAGUUUGUGCGCUGCACCUCGAAGUGCAUCUGAACACCUCUUACCGCCACUUUUUACUCUUUGUCACGGAAUAUAACCUUGUGGACCCCAAGGAGAUGGCGCCACUUGCGGAGCUCAACGAUGCGCUUUUGGAGGAGAACUGA